AGCUAUGUUUUGUCAGUGAGCGUCCGAUAGUCGUGCGGGUUGUACGUGUUUUAAUUCGUGCGGCAAAACGCAACGGUCGAAUAUCGAACAAGAAUUCGCGGGUGUACACGGAGAAAGCUAAAAAUAAAAAUACGUUCAUAAAUGAUAACUAGUAGAUAAUAACUGUACUCGUAAAACAAUCACCAUUAAGAUACAAGAAGUGGCACGCGAGUAAUUUCAAGAAAUCCAUAUCUUUCGUGCAAUUAGUUUUUAAACUUCAACCACUAGUCCUGGCAUGCUCCGUAAUCUUGGUGUUGGAAUUGUCCGAUCCUCGAAUAAUACGAUAUAUACGAGACAAUAGGACCGCGGUGAUGAAACGAAAAACGAACUCACUGUUUAACUAGAAGUUUCUUUCUCGAACACUUGAGAUAUAAGUACAGAUUUGUGUUACAUAAACAAGAAAGUUGUCACGAAAGUGCAAACAUGACGCCCGGCCUCGCCGAAGAUAUUGGGAACGGCAAUAACAAUGUCGUGCCGCUGCUGCCAAGAACAACGGUGGAAUUGGAGUUCAGAAACAUCAAGUGUACUAUUAAUACAUACAGUCUCAUUAAAUUUAAAAUGGAACAAAGACAAAUCCUGAAGGGAGUGUCAGGAUGCUUCAAGCCAGGAGCGCUAACUGCCAUCAUGGGUCCGUCGGGUGCGGGCAAGACAACGCUCUUGAACAUACUCGCCGGGUAUUCGACGCAAGGGGCUAAAGGUGAGAUAGCCGUGAAUGGCGCGUGUACCUGCGCCUCGCAGUCAAGCGGACGCGGCGGUGCACGAUACAUCCGCCAGCACGAUGACCUGCGUGCGUAUCUGACGGUCUACGAAGCAAUGUCUCUCGCAGCUGCUCUUAAACUGGCCGACUUCUCAAGACAUGAAAGAAAGGAAAAGGUUUAUGAAAUUCUAGCUCUUUUGGGUUUAAGCGCUGCGGCGGAAACACUAUGCCGUGACCUGUCCGGAGGCCAAAAGAGAAGAUUGGCUGUAGCUUUAGAAUUGCUCUCAGAUCCAUCCCUCAUGUUCCUGGAUGAGCCUACUACCGGCUUGGACUCAUCUGCAUCGGCGUCAUUGAUAACCUUACUGAACAAUCUCGCUCGAGGAGGUCGUACACUAAUAGCUACAAUUCAUCAACCUUCUGCCCUCAUAUUCGAGAAGAUCGACAAUGUGUACUGCCUGGAGGCUGGUAGGACUCUGUACAAUGGGCCCAGAGCAGCCCUUGUUCCGGCACUCGCCAGGGCCGGUCUACAGUGUCCGUCGUAUCAUAAUCCGGCCGAUUUUCUAAUGGAAGUUGCGUCCGGUGAAUACGACGUAGACCUUAUAAAGGUGGCAAAGAAGAUGAGUCAAUUCAAAACAGACGACGCUGUCAAUGGCAGCUGGGUAGAGAUUCCAACCAUACCAGCACUGCCUUCUUCUUUAGAUAUAAGUACUGAAAUGAAGUCGAAACAUUUCGGAGAGAGUCCCAAAAUGCGUAAACUCUCAAAGAACAUAUACAAGCCAUCAGGGCAGGUCCGGCAGACUGCCAUUUUGCUGUAUAGAAACUAUUUGAUUACUACAAGAAAUUAUGCUCUAUUCAUGUACCGAGUUGCUGCUCACGUUGUUAUCGCUUUAAUAUUUGGAUAUCUUUACUCCGGAGUCGGCGGCGAAGCUAGUUCAGUACUAGGGAACUAUGUAUAUCUGUAUGGAUCGAUGUUGCUAACCGUGUACACUGGAAAAAUGUCCGUUACAUUAUCAUUUCCCUUAGAAAUGGAAAUACUCAAAGGCGAAUACUUCAAUCGAUGGUAUAACCUGGCGCCGUAUAUAUUUUCCAUAUUAGCAGUGGAACUACCAUUUCAAAUGAUAUCCUGCGUGUCCUAUGUCGUUCUAUCGUAUUGGUUGACCGACAACCCGUUGGAGCCGACGCGAGCAACGUUGUUCUUGGCCACAAUCGUAGCCACGUCUUUAUGCGCACAAGCCUGGGGAUAUUUCAUCGGUUCGACAACACCCACAAAGAUCGCAGUGUUCAUAGGACCAGUGCUGGCGUGUCUGUUUUCAGUAUUCGGAUUCUGUCUCGCACUAUCUGACACGCCACGUUACUUCCGCUGGCUCCACUACAUCUCGUACUUCAGAGCCGGCUUUCAUGUCGCUGUAUACUCCGUUUACGGUUUUAAUAGAAAAAAACUUCAAUGCUCUAAACUAUAUUGUCAAUUCGUAACGCCAAAGACCUUCUUAAAACAAAUGGACAUGGAAGAGGUGGACAUCGGUGGAAACAUGACUAUAGUUAUAUUAACUACAGUGUUAAUGCAUUUAUUAACGUGCGCUGCUCUUUGGUACAGACUUAAUAAACGAUGACAUAUUUCAUUAAGAAAAAAAAGAGCGCCAAAUUAAAAAUGUCGUAGACCAAGUUUUUGACAACCCGAAACCAGUGGUUCUUACCGGCCCGCUGGGUUCGAAUAGUACACUCACGGAUACACUCAAUAUUUCUUAAGUUUUAGCCCAUACCAAUAAUUACAAUUAAAAUAUUAAAAUAGUAAGAACGGUCAAUAUAACUAUUAGGGUUUAAUUUUCGUGAAUUGCGCUAUACAGCAUAGAACUCCCACGAAUUAAGACUAUAUUACUUUAAUUAGGCAGUGAAGUAAAAUCUGUGAGUGGAGAGUAUCGUUAUUAUGUAGAAAAUACAAUAAUAAUUCUUUUAUAUUUAAUGAACAAAUAAUGAUCUCCAACCUUAAACGAGGAUACGACGACUAUUGUCUUUAAUUGAAGACUUUUUGUUAUUAACUACACUUUUACUUAAUUAAGCGUCCGUAAUGAGGAGAGACUGUUUUUUCUGAACUGCUUACGUCGAAUUCAAAGCAUAUUUACGAUGCCGUCUCCACGAAGCAGCAAAUUACGUCAGGUGGGUAGUUUGAAUUAAUUUCCAUCUUUAUUUGUAAGUACAUUGAAAUGUUGUCACGAUGUAAUUCCAAAGAAUUCAAUUACAUCGUUCCGUAAAAAUGUAACAGCUCAUAUUUAGUUCAGUCAAAUAUCCGCCUUUAAGACUUUUAUUUCAAUACAAAUACUUUUUCGCAAAUUCAUAAUACAAAAAUACGAAUUAUUUAUAAAGUUUAAUCUAAAAACUAUUCGUAACUGGAUCUUUUAUAAUUUGUAGAUAUUUAAGUUAAUAAUCUUAUGACAUGUCAAUGAAAAUGCCGAAUUUUAUUUAAUUUUAUUUUAUGUUGAGCUUUAUUAUAAAUAAAAUAAUUAUGUAUGAAUAAUUUAUUCAAAAAUCGCCAGUCUUGCCUGAGUUGAGAUCGUGAAUAUUAUAAUACUUUAUUACAAGGACGAUGGGUCAACGACCCAAAAAAUGUUUUGACUCAGUAUUUCUAUUAGUUUAAGAAUUUUAUGAAUAAUAACUGUAGUCUUGAACACACUAAAAUUUAUUUAUUCCUAUUGCCUACUGUUUGUUAACACGAUACUCGUUUUAUGGUCAUUUAGUUUAUCCAAUCAAUGAAUCUUCAGACUGAUGGUAUACCCUAAAAUUAUUUAUCAGUAAUUUUUAAUAACUUAAUAAUCUAAUUUUAAAUCAAACUAAACGAAUUGGAUUUACAUAAAUCUGUUGAACAUCUAUAUUAUGUUAGAUUAAUUAAAUACAAUACUCGAUUUACCUAAAGUGGUAAACUUAAGUGGUAAAGUGAUAAACAGUGAAUAACUCUAUCUUUACAUUCGGUUUCAAAAGUGAGUACUAGUUCACUAAAUACAUUAUCAUCUGUUGUUUUUGGACUUAUAUUUCUGACAACCUAAUUAUUCGUACACACAUCAAACUAGCAAAUUCCGCCAAGAAAAUAUCAUUUUAUCUACACUAUUAAAUAUGUAAUAAUAAAUGCUCUAAUGAAAAUCAUCGAAGUGUUACGGAAUUCGAAAAAAAAAGACAAACUUUGAAAAUAAGUGUCUGUCGUUAUUAUCAAACCAACCUUGUUCCGAAUCCGUAAUGAAUGUAAACAAUAAAAGUAAAACGAACUCCACAAAAAUGUUGCCUAAAUCUCGAUUGAACAUAUUUUUUUGUUAGACCUUGUUCCUUCCUGCAAGAGAAACUACAUAUUAUAAAGUUUAAAACAACUCCACAAAUUCGUGCAGACCACCCUAUAAUUUAAAUCAAUUUACUUGUCACUCAAUACAUCUUAUUAUAAUUUGUGGCUAUAAAAGUUUUGUACAAAGUCUUAUUAAAUACCCAAGCCAGAGCCCUCCCAUAGCUGAGUAGAUAUAGAAUGAAAUAUAUAUAUUUCCUACUUACUCUAUUAUCAGUUUUAACUACAACAAUACAGGAACAAAAAGUAUAAUGUAGGAGUUAUUAAUGUUAUUUUAAUUUAAAAUAAAAAUUUAAUAAAAAUUAUUAUUAUUACUAUUUUCCAAUGUCACUAGCUAAUUAGGUAUCAGUGUAUCCCAAAAUAAGCGAUAUGCUUGUAUCUAAGGUCUGUACGUGCGUUGGAAUAUGGUUCUUAUCUUAUCUUCCUAAUUAGAGUAGGCAGUUAUUAAAUGUCAUAAUGACAAUUCAGACAAGUUUUUAAAUUAGCUAAUAUUUAUGUUGAAAAUAGCUAUCAAAAUCAUAGUUGGCCUUUAAUCUAGUAGGAAGAGGCAUACAUAUUUGUGGUAAAAAAGGCUUGGGGUUUUUCUCUAUUUUAUGUGUUUGCUGAGUCAAAAUAGUAGAUAGGUCUUAUAAUUGGAAGAUGGUAGACUUAAGACGGAUUGCAUGAAGCAAAAUGUUUUUUUUUAUGAUUUUUUUAUUACUUUUAUUGCAUAGAUUGGUGGACGAGCUCACACAACACAGGCAUCUGGUGUUAACUGGUUACCGAAGCCCACAGACAUCUACAACGUAAAUGCCGCCACCCACCUUGAGAUAUGAGUUUGAAGAUCUCAGUAUAGUUACAACGGCUACCGCACCCUUCAAGCCGAAACGCAUAGCUGCUUUACGGCAGAAAUAGGCAGGUACCCUCCCGUGCGGACUCACAAGAGGUCCUACCACCACCAAAAAUAUGUAUGUAAAUGAAUAUGUAUGUUUGAUCAAGAUUACGGCAUAAAUGGUGUUAAAAGAUCAUCGAAGCCCAUCAACAUCAUCAUCCAUCGUGAAUGCUUUUGACCCGAAUGCAAUGAUUGAAUUGAACUUUAAAUGAGUUUAUUUUGGGAGAAAAGCUGCAGUCCAAGGUGAAGCCCGUUCGAGAGGUGAAAGGCUAUUUGGUUUAAGCGACAUUCCGCUUAAUACGUGACAUUUAUAUCUGUAAUAAAAGGUCCGUUUGAUUUGGUAUCAGCAUCAACAAUUUGAUGUUUUUUAUUGAGCUUCAAGUAAGUUUUCAUUUUAAAAUAGCUUAAGAAGUAACUUAAGAAGUAAGAAGUAGUAAGAACAAUCCUGUAAAGACUGCAAAAAUGUCACAUAUAUCAAAUAGUCUUUCACCCCCGGCGUUAUGAUCAUAAAAUGUUAUUAAAUUUCUUAUUGAAACGAGUAUCGUGUAACAAUUAUCACUAUUUUAAUGUACAAGAACACAAUGUACAAGGAAGAAUACGUUUUUUGUUUUUGAUAUUGUUAACAUCCACGUGAAAAACGGUGGUGCAGUGAAAUGAAAUACAAAUAAAAGACAGUGAAAUUCUGAAUAUUUUUAAACUGUGAUGUACCGAAGUGCUAGGUAAUGUAAUUUUAAAUGUUGAAAAAGUAUUAUCAUUUUGGGUAUUUCAAAAGUUCAAUCCUUAUUAAGAAAUAAAGAAAAAAAGGAUCUAUUCACCGUCUAUAAUAAUAAUUAAGAAAUUAAAAUUUUGUAACGAAUCGAAAAAUUACAAUUUGAGUUUGACUAGUUUAGAAACAUAUGGAACUUCAAAUAAUUUAGUUUAAUAUGACAAUCCGCUCUUGACUAAAAUAAGCCGAAUUAAUAACGGAUACGAUAAUAUUAAAAAAAAAAACACGUGUGUAUUUUUGCGUUAGCCCGUACUGUCGAAAAACAUUGCCCAGCUUUCGUUCCUCGACUGUGUAACAUGCAAUCAUUUACGUAAUGUGUGCACGUGUUUAUAAUUUUACGAUACGAUACUUUGACGAGGAGCAAAAAUCAGCCGAAUUUUUUGCUCCAUACAUAGUCGUACAUCGUUUACCGUAACGCAAAAUAUAUUAGCGCGGAAACCUAGAGUUAACAUUAAAAGAACUAAUUGGAAUAGAAUACUUUUAGGGUUUUUUUUGCGUUCGACGAACACGCUUAUAAGCCAGCUCUUGGAUAGUCGCGACCAUAGACAUGAGGACAUAACUCAUUGUAUUGUGUACCUUUCGAAAUGCCCUUGGUAUCGGAACAAAUGACAGCUUCUCGGCGAAAACAACUAGGGUGAUAGUAACGUGUGGUCCUACCACUAGGAAUUGGACAAAUCAAUGAAAGUGCAUGUUUAGUUUUAUUCUAAAAGGCAAAAACGAAGUUUGGUGCGCAUUUAUGUAGCAGAUGAUUUCAACACCGACAUAAUCUCGAUAAGAGUAAGCUAUGGACGUUUUAAACACGCUUGUUUAUAGAUUAUUGUAGGACCGUAUAGUCCUGUGUGAUCAUGAGACACUGUAGCGAGUGACUGGUCAGACGAAAAUUUAAUUACUGUAAAAUAUACAUAGAAAAUAAACAAGCCAUUAAACCUUAAAAGUGUUUUUAAUCAUAUUUACAAAUCUUGAAGAUAUAUUACAAAACACCAGUAAAAACUCAGUUCUGCUGCAUUUUGAGCGUGAUUUAAAAAUAAUAAUGUAUCUUUGGAAUUAUGAAAUCACAAGUUCAGCUACACGAAUAUAAAGUGUGCACCUUAGGUUUAAAUUGCACGAAGGUAUCGUAAAACGCUAAGAAUUUUAUUCGCAUUACUUGUACAGUUUAGACCAUCGAUAUCGUUUAGUUCUUAUAAAGCUUAAAUCGUGAGGAUACAAAUCUCCCGGUUUUUUCACAGUACGGGCUACAGACACGCAGUCUUUCAAAUUUUUGGAACGAAGUUCCUUAUCGCGCGUUGUGAAAGAGGGUUAGACGGAAAAAAUUCUUACGAAAAGUUGUCACGACACUUUUUAUUUUUGUUGUAUGAGUAAGUACUCGAAGACGUGAGAAAGUCUCUUUAAAAUUGUAUUCAUACUUAUUAUUGUUUAUUGGUAAAGCACAGGUCGGUAUAGGUAAUAAGUUUAAUUGUUAGUUUUUAAUAACACUUAGUAUAUGUGUUUUAUAUAAAAACGAACGGUUUGUUAAAUUAUGUAACUGAAAUAGCUUAAUUAUAGCAAAACUAGACAGCUUUAUGUAUUGUAGUAAAAUGUGUAUGAGUAUUGAUAAGAGAUCAUAGAUAUAAAAUCCAAAGUUAGAUAAAACUAUAUAAUAAAAGUGAAAUAAAGUAUGAACAAAGUUACCUCCAGUGAAACUCGAAUAUAGAAUAAUGUCGAACCAUGCAUGUUAAUCUAAUCUUAUAAAUUUUUCCUGUCCUGACUAUAUUGGAAUUCUUUUUUUUUUACUGCAUUAAAAUGGUGGAAAAAUUAAA